ACUGGUAUGUUCUGAGAAAAGAGUCGGCCGGUCGCUUUACUAGUUAGUAAACCAGUCUCCAUAGACAUGUUCUUGAUUGGUAGAUGUAUUAGACGAAGUGUACACCGAUGCCUGAUCUGUUCAUUUUUUGUGUUUUGAUAUGUUUCAGAGUGGGGUUUUGUUGCGAGUAAAUCUUCCAAUUGAGAGGCAUGCUAGCAACAUAUACACAAGGGCAAUGUUUGAGCAAUUUGGAGAUGCUUUGUACAAGGCAGGGGCCUAUGAACUGGAUGUUGUUGUCCCGAAAAAGAUAUACAUUCUUACUCACGUUGAUGCUCUGGCAAGAGAGAAAUGGAGCAAAGUACAGUUCAAGGUUGAAGUCGAUGAUGAUCAGAGUUUCUUUAAUUGCGAAUGUGGGAUUUUCAAGCACACUGGAAUGGUUUGCUGUCAUUCGUUGAAGGUUAUGAUUGAGCUCAAAUUGAGCAAGAUCCCAGAUAAGCACAUACUAAAACGCUGGACUAGGGAUGCCCGCGAUAUAUUGCCGGAGCACCUUGUUCGAUACCAGAAGGACAGAGGGCCGCAUGGUUUUGAUACUUACAGGCACAACGCCAUGUACAUGAAGGCGCUUGAAUGUUUUAGGCUGGGCGAUAGUAAUGUCAAGUGCUAUGAUGUUUUCAUGGCCAUGAUGAAGGAGGUUUACACAACUCUUCUCCCCCUAAGCCAUGACAAGGAUGGUAUGGGACUCGAAGAGCGUGAGGCUUUGGAGCAGAGAGCCAAAGAUGGUACCCAUGGUGACAAAAAUGCUGAUGCAUGUAUUAAUAUUGUUGACAGGAUGCAUUGUCAAACUGUUCUUGGAUUGCUCCUGCAAAAGAGAUGGGCCAGCCGGGGAGGCCAACCACUAGCAGAGACAAGGCUCCGUAUGAAGAUAAAAUGA